AUUCAUCCUGAGUUGGCUCCUUCCUAUCUUCAUGAUGUUCUUCCACUUCCAGUGAGUAUCAUGGGUUAUACCAGCCUAAUCUGGCUUUGUCUCACUUUAAGAAAAGUUGGAGAAUGCACCAGAGUUUGCUUGGAACUCCCAUAUCCAAUAGUAAUAUAAUUUAUGGUUGGUUAGGCAAUAAGCUGUUUACUAUAUCCUAUUUCUAUUUACUUAUUUGCAUAUAUAUAUCCUUAAUGUUCAGGAUGAAGAUCAAGAAAGAAAAUAUAUUACAGAAGAAUAGCACAGUGCCAGAAACAUUUAUUCUCCUGGGUCUUUCUGAAGAUUCCAAUCUUCAAAGUGCAUUAUUCUCUGCUUUUCUUACAAUCUAUGUUAUCAUUCUGGCUGGAAAUCUUCUCAUCAUUCUUCUUACUUUGGCUGACCCUGCCCUUCACACACCAAUGUAUUUCUUUCUAAGAAACCUCUCCUUUCUGGAGAUCUGCUACACAUCAGUCAAUGUCCCCAAAAUGCUCGAAAACCUUAUAUCUGGAAAUAAAUCCAUCACUUUCUUUGGCUGUGCUCUGCAAACUUACUUUACAUUUUUCCUUGGUGGUUCAGAGUGUUUUCUCCUAGCCUCAAUGGCUUAUGAUCGAUAUAUUGCUAUUUGUAAACCUCUGCACUACACUGUCCUGAUGAGCCCAAAAAUAUAUACCUUUCUAGCUGUAGCAUCUUGGUUAAGUGGGUUUUUAAUGUCUUUUGGUCAUACCAGCAUGGUGUUUACUCUGUCUUUUUGUGCUUCCAAUGUGAUCAAUCACUUUUUUUGUGAUAUCCCUCCAUUACUGAAACUAGCUUGUGGAGAUACCUCUAGGACUGAAAUUGCUGUGUUUGCAGUGGCUAUGACUUUUGUAGCUUUUCCUUUUAUCUUGAUAUUGAUGUCUUAUGCUGGCAUUAUCACCACCAUUUUAAAGAUCUCUUCCUCUAAGGCGCAAAAGAAGACCUUCUCCACUUGCUCUUCACAUCUCAUUGUGGUAACUUUGUUCUUUGGCUCUGCUUGUACUAUAUACUUGAAACCCAAUUCGACUUACUCCCCAAACACUGACAAAUAUCUUUCUCUUUUCUACACUGUUGUGGGUCCUAUUUUAAACCCUGUUAUUUAUAGUUUAAGGAAUAAAGAGGUGAAAGGUGCCUUUAUAAGGAUCUGGAUGAGAAAAUCUUUUGGAUGAUUAAAAAGAUUGAAUUAUACUGAAUUUUUUUCUUUGCACAAAAUAAAAAGCUUUGUUGUAAAGAUUUAUUUGUGACAUAUAUUUUUGUGGAACCAUCUGGGAAAUGUGUUAAGUCCUUUUACUUGACUGAAAAAUAGUUAACUCAUUACUAGUCCCUCAGACUGUUGGGGGGCCAGACUGUGGUGAAAUAGUCCAAAAUUAGGACUGUUGUUGUUGUGU